CUGUGGAAGAAUCGUAGUGUGGUUGAAGGAACCAUUUGGGGCGGGGGCGGAUCUCCCUUCCUGGCCUGCCACGUGAGUUUCGAUAUUGCUUAGCGAUGCAAACGGGAGGCUUGCUUGCAAUCCAAUCCAACAUGCUCAUAAGAGUCUAACCAGUUUGUGUCCCUAUCUUAAACCUACCAAAUUUGAUCAUUCUAUCAAGUCGCUUCGCUUCUCCUGGAAAUUGCCGUCCGCGACUGAAGAGAGAGCAGAGAAGAAUCGGAGAUGGCCGAAGAAAAAGAUCCAACUUCUGUACCUCUCAGUCAAGCUGAUAAUGCGGCUACUGAGGAUCCCGAAGAUCCAGCCAAGUCCCCCCCUUCGUCUCCCAACUCAUCUACCCGCAAGGCCUGCUGCUUUGUCCUACAAAGUUGGGUCUCAAAGAAGUUUAUGACUGGAUGUGUAGUUCUUUUUCCAGUUGCGGUUACCUUUUUCAUAACAUGGUGGUUUAUCCAGUUUGUUGAUGGUUUCUUCAGCCCAUUAUACUCCAGGCUUGGCUUUGACAUAUUUGGACUUGGUUUUGUUACAUCUUUAGUUUUUGUAUUUCUUGUUGGCGUUUUUGUUUCAUCAUGGAUGGGUGCAACCGUCAUCUGGGUUGGAGAAUGGGUCAUUAAGCGAAUGCCUUUUGUCAGACAUAUCUACUCAGCAUCCAAGCAGAUUAGUGCUGCCAUAUCUCCAGAUCAAAACACGACAGCAUUCAAAGAGGUAGCAAUUAUUCGUCAUCCACGUGUUGGCGAGUAUGCUUUUGGCUUUAUUACAUCAACUGUCACCCUACAGAAAGAUAAUGAAGAUGAAGAGCUAUGUAGUGUUUUUGUCCCUACAAACCAUCUGUACAUCGGCGACAUUUUUCUGGUUAACUCCAAAGAUAUAAUAAGACCAAAUCUUUCCAUUCGAGAAGGCAUAGAAAUAAUUGUUUCUGGGGGAAUGACCAUGCCGCAAACGAUCGCUCCUGUGCAAAGGGUUGGUCGAGUGAAUGACAGAAUCCCUAUGAGCAGAUUAGGUUAAAGGCCUUUUCAAGUCAAGGAUACGUAGUCGAUGUAAAUGAGCAUGGUUUUGUCUGAUGUUACAGUUUGUGUUCAAAUGGAAGUGACAUAGAGCUUGAAUCUUUAUGGUGUGUAUUGACUCAUUUUUUCUUCACUCUUCCACCCCCUCUCGACAUUGGACAGAUGAACAAACUAUGAUAAUUUAAUUAAAGGCUCCAUUUUAAUGGUCA